UCAAUUCGCCACAGGCUGAGAAUCGCCGAAAAUAUUUGAUUCCGUCUUCAGUCCUAUGCGCUUUGCUCGUCUUGAACGAACCAUAAUAGUCAUUGUGCAGUGAGCAAGCAGCUUGGGGGCUACUGGACAGUAUGGUCCGGAUCAUCAUCAAGGGAGGUGUUUGGCGAAACACUGAGGAUGAGAUCCUCAAAGCUGCCAUUUCAAAGUACGGCAAGAAUCAAUGGGCCCGUAUAUCUUCUUUACUGGUCCGAAAGACGCCGAAGCAAUGCAAGGCGAGAUGGUACGAGUGGCUAGAUCCAUCCAUCAAGAAAGUUGAAUGGUCCAAGACGGAAGAUGAGAAAUUAUUACACUUGGCCAAGUUGAUGCCUACGCAAUGGAGGACCAUAGCGCCCAUAGUCGGAAGGACAGCGACUCAAUGUCUGGAGCGAUAUCAGAAACUCUUAGAUGAUGCUGAAGCGAAGGAUAAUGAGGAGUUGGGUCUGGGAGCAGGAGAGAAUCUAGAUGGUCAACCCUCCGUGGAUGUGAGGGGUCUGAGGCCCGGAGAAAUCGAUACGGAUCCAGAGACUAGGGCGGCGAGACCUGAUCCUAUUGAUAUGGAUGAUGAUGAAAAGGAAAUGUUGUCGGAAGCUCGAGCUAGAUUGGCAAACACGCAGGGCAAGAAGGCAAAGAGGAAAGCUAGAGAGAGGCAGCUCGAGGAGGCUAGACGUCUGGCGUUCUUACAAAAGAAGAGAGAGCUCAAAGCGGCUGGUAUCAACUUGAGAGCAAAGACGAAGAAGAAGGGCAUGGAUUACAACGCAGAUAUUCCAUUCGAAAAACAACCUCAACCUGGUUUCUACGAUGUGACCGACGAGCGAUCGAAAGUUUACGCUGCACCCGUCGGCCAGUCUCUCAAAGCCUUAGAAGGGAAGCGGAAACAGGAGCUGGAUGAGAUUGAGGAGAAGAAGAAGAAGUCCAAAGGGAACGACGGAAAGUCUAAUCAGACGGCUCAAUUCGUCGCGGCUCGAGAGGCUCAGAUAAAGAAGCUCAAGGAACAGGAGCAGAUCAUCAGGCGGAGAAAACUCAAUCUACCUGUGCCUCAAGUUGGAGAGGCGGAAUUGGAGGACAUUGUCAAGAUUGGUCAGGCCGGAGAGAGCGCGAGGGAGUUAGUCACCGGAGGCAACGACGCCACUGGACGUCUACUUGGAGACUAUGAGAGUCUGGGACAGGCUCGCAUGGCCAGGACACCACGGACAGCUCAACAGGAAGACAAUAUCAUGGCAGAGGCUCGAAAUUUGCGAAAUAUGACAGCACAACAAACACCGCUCCUUGGCGAAGAGAAUACACCGCUACACGGCCAACAUGAUGGGACAGGAUUCGAGAGCGCCACACCACGACACGGCGUAGCUGCCACGCCCAAUCCAUUGGCUACCCCUGCUCGUGGAGGUAUGUCGUCUGCUCGUGGGAUCGGCUCCACUCCUGCCCGCACACCACACCGAGACAAUCUGAGCAUCAAUGAUGGUGAUUCCGUCUACGGCGAGACCCCGAGGGAGGAGAAGAUCCGAUUGGCAGCUACACGACGAGCUUUGCAAGCCGGUUUCAAGAAUCUCCCAGCGCCAGAAAACAACUUUGAGCUGGCAGAGGACGAAGAAGAGCCUGAGGAGGAGGAACCAGUCGUCAUGACGGAGGAGGACGCUGCGGAGCGAGACGCGAGAUUGAAAGCUGCACGAGAGCUGGAAGAAAAGCUCGAGUUGGAACGGAGAAGUUCAGUCGUCAAGCGUGGAUUGCCUCGACCGGCCAAUGUCGACGUUCGGACAAUGUUCAAGCUCCUCAACGAAGCUGCGGAAGACCUCACCUCUGCUGUUCAGAUGAUCAACUUUGAAAUGGCGAACCUGAUGCGUCACGACUCACUCGCUCAUCCCAUCCCUGGAACGUCUACGGCGGGUGUCCAGAUCUCCGAGUAUGACAUGCCUGAAGACGAGUACGUUGCUUCGGCCAAGUCGGCUAUUCACCAUGAGCUGGCUCUGGCGCUAGGCCUACCUGGAGCCAAUGAUGAGCAACUUCGAGUUGUUAUUGGCUCCAACAUUGAUGAGUCCGCUUUCGAGCACGACUGGGCAUCCGAACGAGCCGGCAUGGUGUAUUCUCCAAGCACGUCCGCGUGGGUCGAUUCAGCCUCGCUUUCUCCACCGGAGCUAUCUGCGGCGUAUCUUCACAUGAUCCAAGGAUCCCGGGAUCGUAUGAUUGCCGAAUCGACCAGAGCCCUCAAAGCCGAAAAGAAGCUCGCCAAGCAACUUGGAGGAUAUCAAGCACUCAAUGCGAAAGCCAGGAACGGGAUAACAGAAAUCAUCAAUGAGAUUCACGCUACACAGCGGGAUUUAGAGACGUUCAGCAUGCUGAGAGUCAUAGAGGAAGCAGCUGCCCCGAGUAGAUUGGAGAAGAAACGAGAAGAGGUGGCUGUUCUCGAACGUCGCGAGAGGGAUCUACAAGCUCAAUACGCCGAGAUGAACGAUGAGAGGCGGGCGUUGCAGGAAUCCAUCGAUCAGCUCGAGGAAGAUAAAGUCGUCCUUGCUGCCCAGGCUGCCCUCGACGCUCAGGGUGGAGAGGAAGACGGUGAUGAGGAGAAGGCGAAUGGGGAGUAGGUGGCCAACUUUGAUACAUCGUGUACAUGUAGAUGCAU